ACAGAGAGGCUCUAUGAUAAGUAGUAACCCAAGAGAGAAUUAUCUUCUUCUUCCAUUUAUUGGACCAAAAAGAAGAUAGAUAAAAAAGAUAGAAAAAUCUAAGGUGUGGGAAGCUCUGCAGCUCAUCCAUGGCGACGAUACCCACUACAGCCACCACAACUAUGUGUCCUUCUCCCCCUGUCCCAACAAUCUCGACCUUACUCAGAACAACUCACCAAUGUCAACCAUCUCCAUCUUCAUCAUCCCCAUUUUCAAUUAAGCUUAGUACAGCUCUGGUUUGCGGUGAGGCCAUGGUGGAUAGGCAGAUUACACGUUGUUACCGAAGGUUGGUUGUCUCUAUUGCAACAGGGUACCAAGGCAAAGGUUUGAAUUUGCAAGACCUUAUUCAGGAAGGAAGCAUAGGGCUGCUUCGAGGUGCUGAGAGAUUUGAUCCCGACCGAGGAUACAAACUAUCAACUUAUGUCUACUGGUGGAUCAAACAGGCCAUCUUAAGGGCUAUCGCGCAUAAAUCUAGACUUGUCAAAUUGCCGGGAAGCAUGUGGGAGUUGACGGCAAAAGUUGCAGAAGCUAGUAACGUUUUGACCAGAAAACUAAGAAGGCAACCGAGCUGUGAAGAGAUUGCAGAGCACCUAAACCUUCAUGUAUCUGCGGUUAGACUCGCUGUGGAGCGUAGCAGAUCCCCUGUUUCGUUGGACCGAGUCGUGUCUCAAAAUGGCCGCAUGACUUUGCAGGAAAUUGUACGGGGACCUGAUGAAACAAGGCCAGAGGAGAUGGUGAAAAGGGAACACAUGAAGCAUGAGAUUGAACAGCUUUUGGGAAGUCUUACCGCGAGAGAAUCUCGAGUAUUGGGACUUUACUUUGGGCUCAACGGAGAGACUCCUAUGUCGUUUGAAGAGAUAGGUAAGUCGUUGAAGCUUUCGAGAGAGAGGGUAAGGCAAAUCAAUGGCAUUGCUUUGAAGAAGCUACGGAAUGUACAUAAUGUGAAUGAUUUGAAAAUAUACUAUUCCUCUAGUGAAUAAAAGCAAAUUGGUUAUUCACAAUCAUUAAUAGCAA